GAUCAGACAAUAAAUAGCAUCGACUUCGCGGCGUACCCCAUGGACAUCACAGCACGCCGGGCGAUCCUCAUCAUCCGUGACCCGUUCAAGGUCAUACUGUCCUCGCGCCACUACCAGUUCUCCAGCUCGGUGCACGUCGAGAACGACCCCCACCCUCUUGAGCACUUCCGGGGAGAAGAUUGGCAAACAUUUAUUGAGUAUUACGCACAGAGCUGGCUCGAAUUCAACAUCCAAUGGCUCGAGCAGACUGACGACCUUCUUGUGAUACACUACGAGAACCUGCAGUCGGAGCCGUGGGCCCAGCUGGAGAGGGUGCACACCUUCCUGGGCGUGUCGCCGGACCCCGGGCGGAUGCUGUGCUUGCGGCAGCAUGGCGAGGGCGGCGCGCACAACCGGCACCACCCGGUGCGGGCCGAGAUGGUGUACUCGCGCCCCCAGCAGUUCCUCGUGUGGACGGCCAUCCACCAGCUGCAGCUGGAGAUCAGCCGACGUCAGCUGCCGCCGCUGCCGCUCGACCGCUUCCUCUUCCAGGAGUUCCGCUUCUCCGGCGUGCCGGCGGCCGACGUGAGCGCGGCGCCCGGUGGCUGACGUGAGCGCGGCGCCCGCUAGCUGACGUGAGCGGAGCGCCCGCUAGCUGACGUGAGCGGAGCGCCCGCUAGCUGACGUGAGCGGAGCACCCGGUGGCCGACGUGAGCGGAGCGCCGGCUAGCUGACGUGAGCGGAGCGCCCGGUGACCGACGUGAGCGGAGCGCCCGCUAGCUGACGUGAGCGGAGCGCCCGGUGGCCGACGUGAGCGGAGCGCCCGCUAGCUGACGUGAGCGGAGCGCCUGCUGGCCGACGUGAGUGGAGCGCCCGGUGGCCGACGUGAGCGGAUCGCCGCUAGCUGACGUGAGCGGAGCGCUCGGUGGCCGACGUGAGCGGAUCGCCCGCUA